AUGUCGGGUUCGACAUCACCGGCGCGCAUUGGCCGCAAACUUUCCACUACAAAAAUUGCCAAACAACUGGCAGGUCUUGGUCUUCGAUCCGAUGACAUAAUGGAUCAAGGCGAGACGGCUCGUCACGAGGGAAGAUUCGUGUUCGAGUGCAGUUGGGAGGUAGCAAACAAAGUUGGAGGCAUCUAUACGGUACUUCGAACAAAAGCCCCAAUCUCUACUGAAGAACUCGGUGAUCAGUACUGUAUGCUUGGACCAUAUAAUGAGGAUCGAGUUCGGCUUGAGGUGGAAAUACUUGAACCAGAUAAUGCAGCAAUGAAAUAUGCCCUGGAUCAUGCAAGAGACUGCGGCUUCAAGCUUAUCUAUGGACGUUGGCUCAUCGAUGGGUACCCUAAAGUGGUGUUGUUUGACAUUGGCUCAGCGGCAUGGAAACUUGACCAAUGGAAGCAUGAGAUGUGGGGAAUAACAAAAGUAGGAAUACCGUGGCAUGAUCGCGAGUCGAACGACUGCGUUAUCCUUGGCUUUAUGGUGGCCAUAUUUCUGCAGAAGUUUGCUGAAGCCAUUGCCUCAACUGAACCAUUGAUUGUAGCACAUUUUCACGAGUGGCAAUCGGCUGCUGGCCUUAUUAUGAGC